AUGCCCAGAGGUCAGUUGAUCCUUAUUGAAGGAUUGGAUAGAUCUGGUAAAUCUACCCAAUCCCAGGUUUUGUUUGAAAAGUUUUCUCCCGAUUCCUCCUUAGUUAAAUUCCCAAAUAGAGAAACCAAAAUCGGAUCGAUUAUUAAUGAGUACUUGACAGAUUCGGACUUUCACUUAUCGGACCAAUCUGCCCACUUGCUAUUUCUGGCAAAUAGGUGGGAAUUGGCUCAAUCGAUCAUCGAUGACUUAAACGAGGGGAAGUUUGUAGUGUUAGAUAGGUACAUAUAUUCUGGAAUUGCGUAUUCUCUUGCAAAGCUGAAACAAAGUUCUGUUCAGCCAGAAAUGAGCAGUGUGGAUUGGUUGUAUUCGCCAGAUAAGGGAUUGCCAAAACCAGACUUGACUAUAUUUCUCACACUUGAUUUAAAAGAACUAGGUAAUCGUAAAGGAUGGGGUGAAGAGAGAUACGAAAAGGAAGAGUUUCAGAAGACUGUGAAACUGUGUUUUGAAGAGGUUUUCAAACAGCAUGAUAAGAUAAAGAGCAUUGACGUAAAUGGAAAGGACAUUGAACAAGUGACAGCAUUAAUAUGGGCAGAAUUGGAAGCCCAUGGUGCAACCACACUUACAGAAAGGGCAAUUGAAAAGUUCGAGUAA